AUGGAUAAGGCCAUUAUGCGGUUGAUUACACAAAAGACACAGAUGUGCUGUCAAUUUUUAAUCGAUUUGAACGCAAACGGCCAACCUCACCGACAGAAAAGGUACUCUACCUUGUGGGACAGAUGGCAAAAUCAUAACCUUAAAUACUACCUGACGAAUGGAGAGGAUAUGUCAGCUUCUGACCAGGCACGAGUAAUAGCUAAGGCAUUAAAAAUGUGGAGUGACGUCACGCCUCUAAGGUUUACCAGGAUAUGUCAGCCACUCUGCACAACAGUUUUUGAUGGGAUGGGCGACACGUUUAGCCACGCUUUUUCACUGCGGAAUGGACGGAUUCAUUUUGAUGACGACGAAACUUCACUGAGGAAGGAAGUUUCUGGAGUAAAUCCCGAAGCUUGGUUUGCGUCGCUGUUCACGAAAGCGGCCACUCCUUGGACUUAUAACAAUUCCAAUGUCAACACCACUGUUGCUGAGUUGCUUCAACGAGCAGCCCAGAUGAUAAGCGAUGGGAAUACACAAAGCACACCAUCGACGAACAUUCCAGUGGCGGGCCCAUCUAGCUCAGUUGUCGAGGAGCACCGCAGGUUGUUCAAUCGACAACUGAGAGUCCAUCCUUACGCGAACAGGCGGCAUAACCGUGUAAGCAGGUCCUCCCAUAGAGCACAGAGAAUCCCAGAAAAUAAAGGGCCUUUCGUCCAUUACAAAGUUGUGGCGGAUUCGAAAUGCUGUUGUGCGCAGACAACUCACGUACCAAGUUACAAGUGGUUAAGUAUGGGUCUUGCAAUACCGACGAGCUUAGGUGUUUGGGCAUGGGCCGAGUUAAUAUUCGGCCCAUACAAGUAGAUAUCACUUUGGGGGACAUAGAGGAUGACGAUGAACAUGCGGAGGAGUGCCUGCUUUGUAGGGAGUCUAUUCCACUGCGUGGAAUGCGAGUC